AAUUUGCGCGGGUUUGGGCCUGGCGUAGUCAUGGCGGCCUUCCGCGACAUGGAGGAGGUGAGCCAGGGGCUGCUGAGCCUGCUGGGCGCCAACCGCGCCGAGGCGCAGCAGCGACGGCUGCUGGGGCGUCACGAGCAGGUGGUGGAGCGGCUGCUGGAGACGCAAGACGGUGCCGAGCAGCAGCUGCGAGAGGUCCUCGACGCAGAGAAGGCUGUGGCCCAGAGCCUGCUGGACGCCAAGGAGCGGGCGCAGCAGGCAGGCACCGAGCUGCAGCAGCUGGAGGCUGGGCUGCAGGAGGCCGGAGAGGAGGAUGCCCACCUGAAGGCCAGCCUGCUUCAGCUCACCCGGGAGCUGGCGGAGCUCAGGGAGGUGGAGGCCGAGCUGGAGCGGCAGGAGCGGGAAGUGGACGAAGAUACAACGGUCACCAUCCCCUCGGCCGUGUACGUGGCUCAGCUGUAUCACCAGAUUAGUAAAAUCGAGUGGGAUUAUGAGUCUGAGCCCGGGAUGAUCAAAGGCAUCCACCAUGGCCCGAGUGUAGCCCAGCCCGUGCACCUGGACAGCACCCAGCUCUCCUGCAAAUUCAUCAGCGACCACCUCUGGAGCCUGGUGGACACCACAUGGUAGCAGGGCCUUGUGGCCAUGUUGUGCCCAUGGAGGGAAUCCCCAGGGUGGGAUCAUUGUAAAGUGAUGUGUUCAUGCACAGCUGGGAUGUUGUUGUUUUUUUUUAAACUAAACAUUAUUUGUAGGGCAACCCCUUUGGGUCCCCUCCCAUUAUG